GUCUUCCUGACAGGUCCACGGAGGGUCCUGUGGGUGGAGGAUGGAGCAGGGCUGGGUGUCUGUGACAGUGUGGUGAGGACGGAGGGAGGGUUUCCUGACAGCACGGCACCUGCUCUUUACUUCAGGAAACGCCCGAGUAUCAGCUCACAGCUUGCACCCUUCCUCUGCUGUGGCUUUCACCUAAAACCACACCACAUCUCAGAAGAACCAGAAUACAAGGGUCUGCUCAUCAGGUCCUCAGGGGUGGACAUGAAGGCGUCUAGCAGCAGGAUCCCACAGAGACUUCUCCCCAUCUUCUUUCCACCUUCCCUGUGCUCCGAUCACCUGAGCUUCUCUUGGAAGAAGUUCUCAACCUGGAGAAGACAAAAGAGUUCUGUAUGACUUGUGGAGGUGGUUGCAGCCAGCUCCUUGUACACAGGCUCGCAUUAGCUCUCUUCCCAACCCUGUGGAAAUUCUAGCUGCUUCAUCUCCACAACAAGAUCAAUAGUGGAGGUUUUUGAGAAAAGUCAUGGCUUCAACCACUGGCACCAACAAGAUGAAAGAGAUUGCUACCUGCUCCAUCUGCCUGAACCUCAUGAUGCAUCCAGUGAGCAUCACCUGUGGACAUAGCUACUGCCAGUUUUGUUUGAAGCUGUAUUUUGAACAGAUGCCCCAAAAUCAGGGGGAGAAGAUGUUUUUCUGUCCUCUAUGUCGGGAACCUUUUCAUAAAGAUAGUCUGCGCUCCAACAGGCAACUGGAAAAUCUCAUUGAGGUUAUACAGGAAAUGGAGGAGAAAGAGGAUGAGCUACUGUGUGAGGCCCAUGGACAGCAGCUCCAGCUUUUCUGCGAAGAUGACGGCCAGCUCAUCUGCUGGCGCUGUGAGCGGGCACCGCAGCACCAAGGGCACAACACAGUGCUGGUGGAGGACGUGUGCCAGGACUACAAGGAAAAGCUAGAGCAAGCUGCCAGAAAUUUGAAUCAACUUCAAGAGGAGUGUAGGAAUCAGAAGGAGCUCAUAACAACCCAAAUAACUGAAUGGAAGGAUAAGAUAGAGAUUCAGAGACAAAAAAUGGAGUCUGAAUUUAAGAAUUUCCACACUUUGCUGCAUGAGGAGGAGAAGUCAUAUCUAUGGAGGCUGAAGAAAGAAGAAGAGCAACUGUUGAUGCGACUGAAGGAGAGGGAGGCCAACUUGGAGCAGAAGAGCGAGGAACUUAAGAGCUGCCGCUUGGAACUGGAGGCAAAACGUCAGAGCUCAGCCCAGAAACUGUUGCAGGAUGUGAAAGGCACCUUGAGCAGGACUUGUGCAGUGAAUCUGGAAGCGCCUGAAGUCUUUUCCUUGGAGAUUCAGACUGUGUUUGGUGUUGAUGAGCUUUACAAGAAUAUGAAGAUGAAGUUAAUACACCUUCAAGAGGCCUCAUCAGAAAAGAAUAAGAAGCAGGAAACUAUCUCCCUAACAGACUUCCUGAAUGACAGUGGAGGCACUGAUAGAGGAAGCAGCCAUGGCCUCAAAUCAAUCAGCUGGGCUGAGGAAACAGAAGAUCUGGAAGAAGAUGUCUCAACCAGAUGGCACAGUGGUGAUGAGGCUGUGGAUGGGGCUCCCAGAACCAACCACUCUGCCCUUGCCACUGCUCAGAAACCCAACGUCGACUGGAGCCAUCUUCCCAAGUCUCCACCCUACACUGCUUUUCUUGGGAACCUGCCCAAUGAUCUGACAGAAGAGUCCCUUAAAAACUUCUUUAAAGGGUUAAAUAUCAGGGCUGUGAAUUUACCACGUGACCCUUGCAAUCCAAAAAGGUUGAAAGGUUUCAGUUAUGUUGAGUUUGAGGACUUGGAUUCUCUGCUCAGUGCCCUGAAUCUCAAUAAACAGUGUCUAGGCAAAAGGAUCAUUCGAGUUGUCUUAGCUAAUCAAGCACACCAGGAUAGAAAACGAGAACCUGACAAAACAGACACGGACUGGAGGGCCCGUCCUGCGACAGACAACACGGAUGAUGACAAUCUACCAAGAAGAGAUGAUGUGAGCUUUGGAAGCAAGUACCAUGACUGUUAUGAUUCAGAUGGUGAUAGGUAUCAGAAUGGCCUAUCCAGAACUAUGAAUCUAUUUGGGAACCGAUAUCACUAUGGUCACCGAGACAGCAGGAGCUGUGAUAGAGACAAUGAGUCCAGAAUAUUCAAUAGCAGAAAAGCAUUUGGUAGUGGGCACCAUAGCAAUGAUUACUGCAGAGAAGAUGGGGACCGCUGUGAUGGUCGACAAGACAAUGGGCCAUGGAGCUCCAGAGAUGAUUACUCUAGAGACAGCUCUUGGCGUAAUUAUAGGGGUCUGCCCCACAGACCCAGAUGCAGUCUGAAACCUCAGAGCAGUUCUAAGGCAGAUGAUUCCUCCACUAGUCCCUCCCAGCCCAGUCGCACACUUUCCAUCUUUGGAGGUGCAAAACCUGUUGACACAGCUGCUAGGGAAAGAGAAGUGGAGGAAAAGCAGUGGAAGGAGCAGGAGAAAUCAUGGCGUGGGCUAGAUAAACCAAAACAGCGAUCAAACUGGCAAAGUGAAGAGACUAAGGUACAGGAAUAGUCAAGGAAAGAAAGGGCCCAAGGAAAAUGGAGUUUCUAGAAAAGAAGUCUCUAGAAAACAGUCAAGGAAAGAAAAGUUCUAUUGCAGACUGGAACCAUAGCCCCACCUGGCAAAAAUACGUAAAGGAGAAAAAGGAGUCUUUAAAAAAUGGAAUACUCAAAAAGGUGGAAAAUUGUUACUCUCCAGUUUCUAACCUUUCCAAACAUGAUCAGCUUCCAAAGGUAAUGCCAGCCUCUCCACCAGAGGAGAACGGGUGGUAGAGCAACCCUCCUGCUCUGUCCCAGAGCUCCGACAGAAAUUCCUAGACAUAGUGGUGGCUGAAGUAGCUCCAACUCAGCCAUCUGAAGAAAGACCAGCAAGGAAAGAUGAAAAUAAAACAGAUAGGAUGUAUGCGUGUCUAAAAAGGCCAGCUGGGCACUACUGUCAUGAUGUAGGAGACAGAAAAAAAAGAAAGCAAGAAAGAAAAAAGAAAGACCCCCUACAAGGAGUCAGAUAGGAAGGAUGACAAAGAAAAUCAAGGUUCUAGAUCUGUACCUGCACAAAGGAAACUCAAAGAAAACCCAACCUCCAAGUUCAGUUCUGCAAGCAGGACAGCUGCUCAUUGGGUAGUGAAGAUGAAAAUGAGGGAGAAGACUACAGCAUAGACCUCUCCAUCUUCUCCAUUCUGCUAAUUGCUUUUCACCCUGAACAUCCAAGGAUAAACCAAACCUCCAUCUGGACAGGACAAAAUAAAACUUACCGUCUCCUGAGGACCAUUCUUAAUAUCUUAUUCAAAAAAAAAAAAUUCUUUUACAUAAUUCUGCAGCCUUUAAAGUAUUGAAGUAAAGAGAGAAUCACCAGUGGCGGGGGAGAGAGAGAACAGCUUUACUUUUUCAGAUUUUUUUUAUUAGUAUACGUCUAUAGUAUGUGAUGUUUACAUUCAUUAUGCGGAGUUGGUACAUGUGCACAUCCUAAUUCUUUUUCUCAACCCUAUCCCUUUUCUCCCUCACCUUUUCCUCUAUCUCUUGAGGCCUUCCUUUUUUUUUUAAAUUGUGGUGUGUUCUUGUGAAAUCAUGCCAUUGUCUGUGUGAUUAAUACCUAGGGGCCUCCGUUUAUCAGAAAUCAUAAUGACAUAAUGAGAUGUAACAUUUGAAUUGGUUGGGCAGUAGGGGAGAUGUAAACAAUGAAGAAGUAAGGUUUCUACAUUUUAUUUCUUACCCUAUUGUGGCACAGAUGAAUUAAACAAACACUAUCUGAAUAUA